CUGCAGGACAGGCAGUUCCUGGAGACGCUGGAGCGGCGGCUGCUGCUGGGGGAGCUGAGCCGCAUCCUGGAUUCGGGCCCUUCCCUGCGUGGCGACCGGCCCCCCCUGCUGGGCCUAGGGGCCCCUGACCUGCUGGAGCUGCUGCCCCCGAGCCAGGACCUGGUGCUGCUGCAGCAGCACCUCGCCCAGGAGCUUGAGGAGCGGCUGCGGCGCAAGGGGCUGGCCCUGCUGAGCUACCACCGGCCCGAGAGCGACAGCGCGGGGGAGACGGCGCGCUGCGCCAUGCUCUGGACCCUGGCGGAGGGACUGGCAGCGGAGCAGCGGCGCCUGCAGGCGGCCCAGAACCGGUGCCGGGAGCUGAUGGGGCUCUUGGAGAGGCAGAAAGCCGCGUACCCGCAGGCUCUCCUGCGGUGCCUGGGCGUGCUGCGGCGCCUGGCCCAGGAACACCGGCUCGGGACACAGGCCCAGCUGGACCGGCUCAACACCCACUACCUGGAGGUGAAGUGCAGCGCCAUGUUCCUCAAGAUCCGACUGGAGGAGCUGAGCGUGCUGUUGGACACCUACUCGCCGGAGAAGGUGGAGGCGCAUCGGGCCAUCAGGGAGCCGUGCAGCAGCAGGAGCAGGAGCUGGCCACGGCUCAGAAGAUCCUGGCCACCUACGAGAGCCUGGGGCCCGAGUUCGAGGAGCUGGUGCAGGAGUACGCCCAGCUGUGUGGGGGUAUCGAGAACAAGCGCUGGGCCCUGCAGGAAUUCAACAAGGGCUGCCACUGACGGGGGGCUCGGGCCCCGCUUCCUGGGCGCAAAUAAACAUGGCGAUGGAUCCCCUGGCUCGGUGACUUGGCAGCCUGAAAGAUAG